UCGGUCAUGUGAUCGGCUGUGUCCAAUCACAGCUGAUCACUGCCCAUCAGUGCCAUGUGCCAGUGCACAUCAAUGCCACAUAUCAGUGCCCAUCUGAGCUUCCUUUCAAUGUCACCCAUCAGUGCCAGUCAGUGCCACCUAUCAAUGCCAAUCAGUGCCACCUAUCAGUGCUGCCAAUCAGUGCCACCUAUCAGUGCCGCCUAACAGUGCCAGUCAGUGCCGCCUAUCAGUGCCAGUCAGUGCCGCCUAUCAGUGCCAUAUAUCAGUGCCAU